ACGUAGUUUUACUGAUGAUGUCAAUGGCCUGUUGAAAACUCGAAUGAAUCCAGGUGUAGAAAUAAUAGAUUUCACUAGACCAGAUGGCAGCAGGAAAAAUCUGUUUAUAACCAAUAUUCCAGGUGUUCUACAUGAAGAUGAUGUCGUGAUUGAACUACGGAAGAUUUUUGAUCCAUUUGGAUUGGUGUAUGGCGCACAAGUUUAUCCAACACAAUGGAAAACUGGACAUAAAGCUGAUAAUACUGCUGGAGAGACAACUAGUGGUUACUAUGCCUUUGUGACAUUUUACUCUGCUAAUGCUGCAACAAAGGCUAAAGAUGAACUUAAAGGAGUGGUGAUAUUAGGUGAUCAAGAAUG